AUGGAGAUUACAUGCAAUGAGUGUCUGCGAAAUACGCUUAGCUUAUCACUCAGUUUAUUUAUUGUCAACAUAGAGGGCACAAUUAUCAGUACCUCUUUAUUCGCCAUAACAAGUGAUCUUGAAAGCUUCGAACAAACCAGCUGGAUUGUAACUUCAUAUUUGAUAACUUAUACAGGUCAGCAAUGCAUUAUGAGGUAG